AUGGCAGUCAAGUACACUACAACUUUGGCCCAUACCUUUGUGGAGUGUUUAAAGAAAAGGACACCCACAAAAUUAAAGUACUUGGACAUGUCUGGUUUUCCAGCAGCGGAAAUCAUUGUGCAGUACCUAGCAUCCCACUGUUUACUUGUGUACAAUGAAGGAAAGCAAAAGGAAGUUAUUGCUGCUUACAACAAUAUAAUGAAAGAAUCUAUGGAUGAUUCAGAAAGAACAGUGUAUACUGUAGAUGAAACAUUGCCACCUGAUGACAGUUAUAGAAUUCAACUUGAUGCCUGUGUUACCAAUGGAGAGAACCACAUGGAGCUAUGUAAGGCAUUAAAGGUCUCUCAGUUCCAGAAUGUCCACUUUGGUGUACAAGUGACCAAAAUGGAUGCCACCUGCAUUGGUGAGGCCAGACUUACCAUCCUGCUGCAAUAUUUGAUACCUGAGCACCUAUUAGGACUGAGGCUCAAGUAUAAUGCCCUUACUGAAGAUGGGAUUGUGCGCCUUGCUCCACUUAUUUCUCGAUUUUACAAAAUCACAGCCCUGGACUUAUCUUGCAACAACAUCAAUUGGCAAAAACAUCAUGAAGCAUGUGAAGCACUGAUGUCUAUGUUUAAAGAAUUGAAAUGUUUGAAGAGAAUUGGAAUCCUGUUCAUUCAAGACCUCCCAUCUCAUGGACCUUUUGAAAGUGAGGAGAACUGUGAUGAAGCAGGUUACGAAUUUGAAAAAGAAUUCCUUAGAUCACUUGCAGCAUUGGCAAAGCAAUCAACAAAAGAGGGGAUAUUUGGGGUAGAAUUUGAUGUGCUAGAUCGCAGUCAUUUUAUUUAA